CUCCAGGACACUCUGCUGCAGAGAGAGGAGGAACUGGCCCGGCUGCAGGAGGAGAACAACAAACUCAGAGAGUUCCUCAACUCUUCCUUCGUGAGGAACCUGGAGAAAAAGGCAAAGAAACUAACCACUGAUGGGAGGAGGAAGCUGAAAAGAAACCUGAUGUUCGCAGACGACGGACCUUUCCAGAGCUGCAGUCAUCAACUCCUGACCUCCCAGCAGGUCAGCAAGAGAGUCUGCAGGAACCUCACUGCUGAGUUCUGCUCCGAGUCCUCUGAGACGUCUUCCUCCUCAGAACCAAACCUGGACCUGUGGGUUCUACGAACAUUGGGACUGAAGGACAGAGACACCAUCGAUACGUCCUCCUCCUCCUCCUCCUCUUCGCCUGGAUACAGUCUCAGCAGUUUAGUUUAUGAUGCUGCAGUCAGCUCUUCCUCGUCCUCUGAAUACUCUCUCAACUCCUCUUUCGGCCCUUCGGACGCCACUUCUACGCCAUUCUCUGUGCACAGCUACCGCCAAAGAUCGACACAUCACAUCGAGUAUGGGUACACUGCUGCCGAACACCAAGAAGAUAAUUGUGCUAAUCCUGCCAAGUCGCCUCAGAACUGCACAACUUCUCCAAGUCAACAAGUAACCGGACCGUGUGAAGGUCCGGAGGCUGUGAUCAGGAGCUACAAUACACUAACUGCCUUCCAGUCGCCACCAGAAGAACUGCCCUUCACCCCAUCACAAGACGGUACAGAGAUCUGCUCCUUCGUAGCCUCGAGUCGAGUCCAAACUCCUGUUGAACAUCCUGCCAACUGGUCUCCACUAAGAGUCACCCGGACCCCAUCACAGAACAAAAUCCACUUCAGUCCAGCAGGAGAAAGAUUCCCUUUCUCUCCCAUCUUGUCAUCGACUCCCAUCAUGAAUCAGCAAUGCCCAAUGAGUCCAGCAGUGGGAGCUCAGCCUCCUGCCACGCCUCAGACACCUCGCAGCCGGACAGAUUUGGCAUUCAGUAUGUCCCUCAGCCCGUCCAGCAGUGUCAAGACCCACAGCUUCCCCCAGGGACAAGCGUUCGUCAGAAAGGACACAGAGGGAAGGUGGAACUUCACCUGGGUGCCAAGACAAGGACCAUAGAUUCUUGCUGACCUCAAAAGGACCUCAGAAAAGAUUUCCUAUUUCGUGUUGUUAACUGAGAAGUUUCCUUUGGCCAAACUUUUAGGACUACAAGUCCACACUGAACUUGUUGCUGACUUCUUAGACUUUGUUCUGGGUUCUUGGUGCUGAUUUUACAAGACAAUGCCCUUAAAGACCCUCGGUCCAUACAGACAAUUAUCAAAGACCUUGAAAAGAUCGAGAGUGAUGGAAAUUAUUUCUCCUCCGAUAAUUUUCCAAUUAUUGGGAUUAUUAUUAUCCCAAAAUCAAUGAGAUGCUCAGUCAGAUUUUAAAAUAGCUGUGUUGGAUUUUGUGAGCUUUUUAGGAGAAUUUCUGGGGCCUAAAACACAGCAACUUUUCUAAAAAGUUGCAGUGUUUUUAGGCAUUCAUUAAAAAUCAAAGGCAACUUGUUCCAGGAGAAGGAAAUCGAACUGUUUGGAGGAUAAAUGUGUGGCGAUGCACCGAUACCAGUAUCAGGCACCUGAUGCCUCCCUGAUAGCAGGAGAUGUUAAACAACAUUUAAUUUGUUACAGUCAGAAUGAUGAUGAACAUCUGAUGAAAAUUAAAAAUUUAAAGUCAUUAAUAGGGUUAAGUACUCAUAUUGAUGCAUCUUCACAAGAAGAAACCAGGAAGUGAGUUUGGCUCGACAUCUUGCACAGAAAGGUUGCAGUGAUUGGAUUUGUGUUAACUGUUGUGAUUGUAACUUCCUGGACGAGCUGUUUUAGGAUGUGUGAACUGUGGGAGUUACAGAUCAUUGUAGGUUUGUAGCUAAUUAAAGCUAACUGACAAUGAGUGUAACAUUAAGCAUUAACAGGACUGCCUACAAUUAUUGUUUAUAUGCUGAGGUUUUUGUUUUUAUAUUUAGUUUGUGAAACUGCCACAUAAAAUAUCAGUAAUGCCCCGUGUGCCGCUUUGUGUCCCUUAUUAUAUUUAUAAAGUACAAACUGGUGCCACCAGAAAGCGAUAACUGCCCCUGAUAUCAAACAAUGAAUGCACUGGUAUGAGCAUGGGUAGCUACCGGAGGGGGCCGGGACCUGUGCCCCGUCAGCAUCAGAUGCUGUAUCCCAGUCCACGAAUAAAAACACAUUCAGCACUAUAAGAUACUUACUAUAAGAUAAGUCCCUCGUCUCUGCUUCCUGUUUCAUGUGGACUUUAAAAGAAGCUAAAAAUUAGAA